CACACGGAUCCGGUACCGGUGGCGCCCCACAGAGGUGAUGGCUGAGGGGAGUGUAGUGACCGACCCCGAGCAGCUCCUGAGGAAGGUGAGGGAGCUGGAAGAGGAGGUGAAGAGGCUGCAGGAGAAGCUUGGCCAGGAUGAGAAAGGUGCUGAGGGCAAGGAGGCUCCUGCAGCCGCCAGCAAAGGGCGGAAACGCCAGCGCCGUCCCUUCGACUUCGGGGCCCACGGGCAGAGGCACGUGGCUCUGAGGGUGGCAUACCUGGGCUGGAACUACCAGGGCUUUGCCAGCCAGGAGAACACCAGCAACACCAUCGAGGAGAAGCUCUUUGAAGCUCUGAAGAAGACGAGGUUGGUGGAGGAGAGGCAGAGCUCCAACUACCACCGCUGUGGGAGGACCGACAAGGGGGUCAGCGCCUUCGGGCAGGUGAUUUCCUUGGAUCUUCGCUCCAACCUGUCAGAGGGGAAGCAGCUGAAGGGGCAGGAGGAGCUGCGAUACACCCACAUGCUCAACAGGGUGCUGCCUCCUGACAUCAGGGUGCUGGCCUGGGCCCCCGUGGAGCCCCAUUUCAGUGCCCGUUUCAGCUGCCUGAGGAGGACGUACCGCUACUUCUUCCCUUGCGCAGACCUGGACGUGGCCCUGAUGCAGGCAGCAGCCCAGAGGUACGUGGGGACCCACGAUUUCCGAAAUCUCUGUAAAAUGGACGUGGCCAACGGGGUGGUCAACUUCCAGAGGACCAUCCUGAGAGCUGAAGUGACGUGGGUGGAGGGAGGAGGAGGAACAGAGCUCCAGGAUCCCUUCCGGCUGUGCCAGUUUGAAGUGACGGGCCAAGCGUUCCUCUACCAUCAAGUCCGUUGCAUGAUGGCCAUCCUCUUCCUCAUUGGGCAGAGGAUGGAGAGCCCAGAAAUCAUUGACCAACUCCUGGAUGUGGAGAAGAACCCUCGGAAACCACAGUACAGCAUGGCAGUCGAGUUUCCCCUUGUCCUCUACGACUGCGAGUUUGAAAACCUGCAGUGGUUUUAUGACCCAGAAGUGCAGGAGUUCAACAUCACCCACCUGCAGCAGCUCUGGGCCAACCAGGCAGUGAAAACUCAGGUGCUACGGAACAUGUUACAAGGGCUGGAUGCUGCUCCAGUGGCUGCUGGAAAAAGGCCAGGGAACACCACCACUGUCCCGUGGGGGGAUAUGAAGCCUCCUCUCCACAGCCAGGUCAGUGGCUUUGUGGAGGGGGUCAAAGCCAGGACCUACAAACCCCUGCUGGCCCGGCCCAAGUGCGAGGGGCUGGAGCAGCGCAUCCGCCACUUCGUGAGGAGGGGACGCAUCGAGACCCCCCCCGGGCUGGAGCUGGGGGGGAACAAGGAGGAGAAGAAGGAGGAGGAGGAGGAUGAGCCCCCCAUGGACAGCAAGAGGAGCCAGGGCAGCCAUGGCCCUGCUGGGGACACUGAGCAACCCUCUAAGAGGGUCUGCAAAGACAAAGAGUGAUGGGAGUGGGAGAAGGGCAGCUCUAGGGGCUGCUUUUUGGUUUGUUUGUUUUUUGGGUUUUUUUUACAUGAAAA